AUGGGUCUCCUUGAUAAGUUACAAGCCAAGAUCGAGCUCUAUCGACUGGAGCAGCGCUACGCCCGCCGCAAGCACCGCAGCACGUUCCAUGCCGGUGCCCAGUACGUGGAUGGUGAAUACGUCUAUACCAACGGGUCGAAUUCGCCAACAGGAACCGUCUCGAAGAACUCCACGGGCUCCCUCUGGCGGCCCUCGGGCUGGAACAACUCGCAUGAAUCGCGGUGGCGAUAAACCCGCCUGAAAGGAAAUAAAAUUCAAAAAAGCAAAAAUGAUUCUAUUCUCAUGUCCUUCUGGCCCUUUUUUUAUUCUUCGCCGUGUCCACCGCAUCAUGUCCAAAGCGGAGGGCUUGAUGACCUGCCAGUCACCACGAUUCCACCUUGAUUCCUUUUGAUUUCAAUGCUACGUUCUUGUACAUGUGUUCUCUUGUCCUUGUGAUAUGCUUUUUGGCUGGUUUUUUUUCUCUUUUAUUCUUGUUUCAUAGGGAAGGUUUCCUCUCUGACAUUGAGUUUACUACGCCAUUCCUCUCUCUCUCUCUCUUACUCUGCUAUAGCCUUUUGAAUCGUCUCGAUCCAUUGCUUAGCCACCACUCAGCGUAUUCGUUUUUUAUAUUCUACUCAUGGAGGGUUUUUUUGGCAGCCACGGCACAAUCCAUGCUGGUUAAGCUGGUCAUGCUUACCUUCAUUGUACAUACAUUGAGAACAUGCACAUACCAUUACUCAACACUCUUCCUGACUAGAUUUUGCACAUUUUAAACCUUCUUCGGUCUGCCCAGACAUAAAAUCCAAGCAUAUGAAUUGAUUAUACUGCACUUCCCCAGAAGG